CAAGAGCGCGCAGAGACUUCAGCACCGGAGCCAGUGGACAGCGACACACAGCCAAACUUAACCAAUCCAUACCAAACCAAACUAAAAGACAUCAUGGUUCUCAUCUGGACUCAGUUCGGCGUGAAGAACAAGAAUGUCAAUGUCAAGUGCAAAGUGCGAGUCAUGCACAGGGGGGACAGCUCAGGAUCAUCAUCUUCAGCGGAAGGCACCAAGUCUGAGCAGGACACACCCUGCCUGUCCAUCAAACCCAUGGGCAAGGACUUCUACAAGAUCCUCGGUGCCACCCCUGAAUCCAAUGACGACGAGAUCAGGAAGGCCUACAGGAAGAUGGCCCUCAAGUUCCACCCGGACAAGAACAGCGAGGCUGACGCAGAGGACAGGUUCAAAGAGAUCGCAGAGGCCUACGAGAUCCUGACUGACCCCAAGAAGAGGAGCAUAUAUGACCAGUUUGGAGAAGAAGGUCUUAAAAACGGAAUGUCAGUGUCCAUGGCAGGCCAAACCAACGUUUUCCGUAGCAAUUACCACGGCGAUUCCCACGCCAACUUCCACGGAUCAGAAUCCUUCGACAUCUUCUUCAGCAAAGACUUGGACGGCGAAGAUGACCUCUUCAACCCGUUCAGGCGGUUCCCCUUCAGCCACGUCGGUGGCUUCGAGGGCGGCCUGCGCAGGGGCCAGCGGCGCCUGCAGGGCGACGCGGUGGUGCACGACCUGCAGGUGACCCUGGACGACGUGAUGCAAGGCUGCACGAAGCACGUGAAGAUCACCCGCCGCCGCCUCAACCCAGACGGCCGCAGCUUGCGGUCCGAGGACAAGGUGCUGAAUGUGGUGGUGAAGAAGGGCUGGAAGGCGGGGACCAAGAUCACCUUCCCCAGGGAGGGGGACGAGACGCCAAACAACACACCUGCCGACAUCACCUUCAUUCUCAGGGACAAGGAGCACCCGCAGUACAAGAGGGAGGGCUCCAACAUAGUCUACACGGCCAAGAUCACACUCAAAGAGGCUCUCUGCGGCUGCACAGUCAACGUCCCCACGCUGGACAAGCGGAUGAUGCCUCUGCCGUGCAGCGAUGUCAUCAAACCCGGUGCCGUCCGGCGGCUGAGGGGCGAGGGUCUCCCAAUGCCCAAGAGCCCGUCCCAGCGCGGCGACCUGGUGGUGGAGUUCCAGGUGCUCUUCCCCGACCGGAUCCCGCCGCAGUCCCGCGAGAUCAUCAAGCACAGCCUGGCCCAGUGCUAGCCUGCUUGGCAUCAAACACGGGGGGGGGGGGGUGUUGACGCAGCUUCACCGCUUGUGUAUGUUGUUAUCAAUUCACAAACACAGCCUUGCCCGAGGUGCUAAGUAUCACAACCUACCACAACCUCUUAUUGUGUUUGGACAUGGUAAGCGGCAAUGAAGUGAGUUCAGACAGGACUCUGCAGGUAUUAGGCUUCAUGCACGACAGCUAUAUGAGGCCACAUGAGCAGCGAGUUCACAAGUGAUGAACGGGGUCUUUGGUAUCUGAGGACGUACUGACUCAAUACAGCCUUUCUCUUGAAGUGAAAAGCUUCUCUUUACUGUUAUACCUGCAAAAGCUAUCGCAGGGUAUCAGUGUGCUAUUCAAGUCUGUAUAGACUUCCUUAAACCCGAGGGGUAGAAACACGUGCAGAGAAAAAGAAAAAAACAACUUUUAUCAUAGUUAUAUGGUGUUCAUAUGACUGAUCUUUAGCAGUGAUUUCUUAUAAUAGCAACAUGUACUUGUGUGCAAAGAUCUACUUUGUGUGCAAAAUGCAAAUACAUUGUCUCUAAGAGAGAUUCCUCUGUCAAAUGUUCUAUUGAAUUAUUUGAAAAUGUUUGUAUAUAUUGUGCAAGGAGUCGGCUGACGAUGUAUUAUUACCAGAUAUGUUGAAAGCAUGAAAAAUCAAUA